GUUUCGUCGCAAAACCGGCGGUAAACCGCCCACGGGGAGAGGUAAAUCGUGUUUUACCACCGGUAAACCGGUUGUGGUACCAAGAUUUAGAUAUUUAGUGCCUAGAUUUGGAUUUUAAAUGUUUAGGUUUUCAGAUUUCAUUCAUAUUUGCGUUAAUAACUUAGUUAAUAACAUAGUUAUUGUUAGAUUCCGUUCAUGGAUUUUUUAGUUAUAGUAUAUGUAACUCUGCUUUAGAUAUUUAGUGCCUAGCUCUGUUUUAGUUAUAGUAUAUGUAACUCAUAAUAUUAUUUACUACUAAUGUAAAUAUGAUUUGGUAUUGUUAUUAUAGAUGUGUUGGCUUAUGGUUUAUGUAUUAAUUAUGGUUUAGUUAUUGUUUCAAGUUAUAUGAUAUUUUUGCCACAUCUGUAGGAGACAUGUCGGAUGAAGAUAGAGAUAGAGAAAGAGAUAGAGAUAGAGUCUGGUUGCACGGAGAGAAGGUUGGCGCAGGUUUCAAAUGCAAGUAUUGUAGAGAAACAAAGAGCGGAGGGGGUGGUACCCGAUUGAAGGAGCAUCUCGCGCAUAGAGGGAAGAAUGUCAAAAAAUGUCCCUCUGUUCCUCCAGACAUAAAGGCAUACUUCCAGCUUGACAUAGAUAAGACAAAGGAAAAAAAGAGUUCUAGGUUCAGGCAGCAGCUGAGGGCAGAUGAGGCAGCACGAACCCAUUUUGGGGACGAUGAGUAUGAGGAUGAACUUAAAGCGGCUCUGCAUCAGUCACGUGUGGAGCACGAAUUUAGUCAGAGGGCUGGUGCAAGGUAUGAUAGGGGUGGUGGAUCCUCCAGCCAGAGGGUACCUGAACGUGUUAGAGACUACAAUCUUGCUCAAGCCUCUGGACUAAGGCAACAGAGGAUAGAUACUGGUCCCUGGACAAGUAAGGGAAGGAGCUCGAAAGAGAUUCUUGGUAGGGCUUGGGCAAAGGCUUGUCAUGCCAUUGGCAUCCCGGGUCGAAAGGUCGAUAACCCAUAUUUUAGGGCCGCAAUUAUGGAGUCCCAAAAACAAGGUAACAAAUAACACAAUAUAUUUUGUUGUAUUGGAUCUAUGUUGUUGACAUAAUCUUGUUGCCUUAAAUGCAGGUGUGGGGGUCAAAUUACCAACUGGUCGAGAGAUUGAUGGCAAGUAUCUUGAUGAAAAUGUUAAGGAGUUUCAGAAGGAGAUUGACAAAUGGAAGAUUGAGUGGAAUGAGUUUGGUGCGACUCUAAUGUGUGAUUCAUGGACUGGUCCUACACAAAAGAGCAUCAUUAACUUUUUGGUGUAUUGCAAUGGGAUGAUGUAUUUUUUAAAGACUGUUGAUGCAACUGGAGAGGUCCAGGACCAUAAAUUCAUAAUGCAGGUACGUAUGUUGUACAUACUCAUAGUUGCUUCACCCUUUUUUUACUGGCCACUCAUACAUAUGUUGAUGUAGCAGGAGAUCAAAAAUGUCUUGAAGAUUAUUGAACCAGAGAAUGUUGUCCAAAUUGUAACAGAUAAUGGUUCCAACUUUAAGAAGGCUUGUAAGAUGCUGAGCAGAGAAGCCAUAGAGUACAAGCAUAUAGUAUGGCAGCCAUGUUUAGCACAUACCAUUAAUCUGAUGCUAAAGGACAUUGGGAAGUGGGCACAUCAUGAAGCGAUGAUUCAAAGCGCACAAAGGAUCUGUAGUUGGAUGUACAACUCAUCAAGUUUACACAGUAUGAUGAAGAAAGCCAUCGGAGGUGAGUUAGUGAAAUGGAAUGCUACCAGAUUUGGCACUAACUACAUGUUCUUGGAAAGUUUCAUGAGAAGGAAGGAUAAGUUCAUGGUAUGGUUUAUGUCACCAGAAUUCAGGCACUCACGUUACUUCCUAACUGAAAUGGGAAGAUAUGCUUUCGACAACAUCACCAAUGUUGAAUGGUGGGAGAACAUGCAAUAUGUUUUAGAUGAAGUUGAACCUCUGUACGUGUUCCUAAGAUUUGCUGAUCAGGAGAAAAGUCCAACACUUGGUGAGGUGCUCAUGCAAUACACAAACACCAAACACACAUAUCAAAGUAAGUUUGAAAAUGACAGCGCCCGCUACAAAAUGAUCAUGGAUGUGAUUGAUGCUAGAAUGAACACUGUCAUGACAGACACAUAUGUGCAACCAGCUUGUGCCUUGCAUCCAUAUGUGAACUAUGUCAUGGGGACGACGAGCAAUCUCAUGACAGAUCUUCGUAAGGGUGUUGAAAGGAUGUUUGAUUCAAAUACUGCUGCAAUGGCACUCCAAGAGUAUGACUUCUUCAAGAGGAAGAUUGGAGACUUCUCGAGUGAUCUUGCAAGGAGAAUGGCCGUUGACCGCGGGACUUCUCCUUCAAGUUGGUGGUCCAUGUUUGGAUCAGAUACGCCAACACUUCAACGUGUUGCUAAGCGGCUGCUAUCACAGUGUGUCUCGUCGAGUGGGUGUGAGCGCAACUGGAGUACUUUCGCAUUCAUCCACACAAAGCUCCGCAACAAACUCGGCUACUUGAAAUUGCAUGAGCUUGUGUUUGUUAACUACAACCUUCGUCUUCGCAUCCAACGAGCAACUGGUACACCAGAGCCUAGUGAGUUUGAUCCUGCCUUGGCCUUCAUGGAUCUAUCAUUACAUAGGCAUAAUGAAGCCAUUAGAGAUUGGAUGGAAAGAGGAAGAUCCAAUGCACCUCCAACAUUGGAUGAAGACUCACCUAUCAGUGACACUCCUCUUCCUAGCAUGCUUUUUACAUCGCUUGUACGUGAACAAGGAGGCACAGAGGAAGUGCAAGAAUGGGCCGAUGAAACAAUUGGUGACACCCACCUUGGUAAGCGGAAGACAAGACUUGGUCCAUCAGAUAGGAAAGGAAAAAGGGUCAAAAUCACCGAUCAAAUCGAAGAGGAAGACGAGGAUGAAGACAGUGAUGAUAACACAACCGACCCUAGUGCUGGUGAUGAUGGCAGCCAUGGUGAUGCUGGAUUAUAUGGUGGAGGGAGUGGUGCAGGAGGGAGUGGUAUGGGAGGGAGUGGUGCAGGAGAUUGGAGGUCCACUGGAGGAAGUCGGUUCACCCAUUCCACACAAGAUUCUUACCAUGAUGCACCUCAUUCACAGCGGGAGACAAUAAGUGGUCGACGUCGUUCGGUUUCAUUUCCUGUCCAAGAUGGAAUCCGUAGCUCAAGUAGCUCUGGUUCUUCUAACUAUCCGACUGGACAAGACCCAGGCUAUAACCCUUAUGCAUGGCAAUGGCAACCGAGUCAAGGAACCUAUGGACCCCCUCCACCAUCAGGCGAAGCACCACCAUCGAUCAUGUAUGGGUAUGGAAACUAUGGACCUCCACCACCACCAUAUUCAAAUUUAUCAAAUAUGUAUCCACCAGGACCACAAUAUGGGUAUGGACAAGUUCCUGCUGCACCGGUAUGUUCUUUUGCUUUGUGGAUAAGUAUUUAUUUGUCGUUCUUGUUUCCUCACUAAUGUAUCUCAUAUCUUUUGUAUAGGCCUAUCACUAUCAGUAUGACGGAUUGGAUCAAUAUCACGACCCUUCCAACAUGCCUGAGUACUAUCACUAUGACUCGAGCUGAACAUGUGAGUAUUGUGAAAUAAGUCGACCUAUGUGUCGUUGCCUCGUUGGAGAGGUGUAAAAGAACUUGUAUUUGAGUAUUGCGAAGUUCGCUGGAUGUUUAUUGCAUGAGAACUAGAGUUUGUGGUUGCAUAUGUAUGUUGUAUGUUAUUUUGAUGAACUCAUGUUGUGUGGAUCAAUUAAUAUUUACUGUACAAUGUGAAUUGAGCAAACUACAAAUAAACCCUGCCAAAAUUUUCAUUUUUUCUGCUAAAAACGGUAAAAACCAGUUUAUUUCACGAUUAACCGCCGGUUUCUACCGGUUUUUCGCCGG